UCAGGCCAAAACGAAAUAAUAAUCUUUAUUUUGGUCCAGUCCUUUUUAUAUGUUUUUAUGAAAUAAAGACAAAAAUCGAUGAGCCCAGUCGGGGGGAUUUUGCAUUGGUAACCCCCUAUUGUGGCUGCAUGAUAGCGAGCCGUCUGUGUACGAGGAGAAAUAAAAAAAGAAUAAAAAUGUUAAAAAACUCCUUGAAACAGACGGCUGCCAGCUGUCUACGCGGCCGCUUGAUCAACUGAUUAAUACUAGUUAAGGUAUAGCCUACAUCAAGAGAUGUUCGUGCUGGCUCCACUCCACUUCACUACCGCUACACCUACACCUACAAAAACUUCAAGGUCCAAUACUCGCUCUGAUACUCUGAGUGGCAAAGGUGGGGGAAAAAUGCAUAUUUAUUGUAAAAAUCCUACACCAAAACUAGCUUAAAAAGAAUAAAUGGAAUUAAGUAUUUUUGGUUACAAAAGUGAUAUUUUAAUGAAUUUUUUAAAUGUGUGUUGUAUAUUGCAUAUAUCUACAUGUCAGAUUCCCUGUACAGGCAGGGUGGUGCAGACCAGAGUUUUCUCCUUUUCAUAAAGAACUUGGAACGAUGGGUCCCUUUGAUAUUUGGUGUUAUUUGGCAAGAUGUUUAUCAUGCUUGUCAAGCAACUUUCAGAGUCAACAUCAUGUAAGGGGAUUUGCCUUGUGUAAACAAUGCCAGGAAAAAUAAUUUUCCAGUUUCCUGCUUGCCAAUGGUAUCAAAAUUGUGAAAAGACAAUAUGGCUAGUAUUACAAUUGUUUUGGCCAAAUAAUUAUUUAAAUCUUUAUAACUCUCUCUUUGUGUAGGUCUAUUGUUAUUUAGUAAACCCACUUUGGGCAUACAUGAAGUUCUGUAUUUUUUGUGUGUCAUAUUUUUAUUUUCCAGGUUACCAAGUUCAACGUACAGUAUAUGGUUACACAUUGACUUUUUAUGAGCCAUGGAUCACAGUGUGUGAGAAUCGAGCAACGAAGACAGUGCAGAGAUGGAAGUCGCACAAAGAAACAAUGUUUGGACUACCACCACAAACCCCCAGGGUAAAUCCAUACACAAUACAGUAUUGUAUUCCUCUUUCAUUACUUGUCUUCUUCUCUUUGGUCUCGGGUCAGCCGGGAAUGUGAAUCCAAGACCUGAACUGUACGUGCCUAACUAUAAGUACUAUCACAAUGUAUCAUCAAUCGGAACUUUCAUCACCGACCUGGUCGUGAAACAUCCUACCUACUUUCGUUUAGACCUGAACUUCAAGUCCCGCUCCAGUAUUCCCCAGUACGUACUGCAUAUGACUAAUUUUUCAAGCUCAAGGACAUCGUAUGGGAGCCAUGGAGUGUCAAACAUUAAGCCCCGCCUCCUACUGUCAUUCGGGGAACAUGCAAGGGAGUUCUUCCCGGUUGAAAGUAUGAUACAUCUUAUGAAAAGAAUCACCAGAGGGUUACAUGCACCACUUAACAGCCCAGAGGAUCAGUUCACCAAACAUGUUCUUUCUCAGUUAGAUAUCUACAUUAUUGUCAUGGCUAAUCCAGAUGGUAGACAGCAUAUUGAAAGGACGGGUAACUACUGCUGGAGGGGCACCAGCACUGGUGUGGACUUGGACAGGAACUUUGCUUGGAAUUUUGGAGGUCAUGGGAGCUCAGGUGAUCCUACUGAUGAGGAGUUCAGAGGACCUUUUCCUCAGUCAGAACCCGAAGGAAGAGUUUACUUAGAGCUGUCAAACACACAUCACUUUGAUGCUUUCAUCUCCUUCCACUCUGGAAUACAGCAAAUAUAUAUUCCUUUUGCUGAUUCUGCAUCCAGAAAAGCCAAGAGAGUCCCAGUGAACAGCGCUGUUCAGCUUGGCCUAGCAGAAGCCAUGUCUAAAGCAGGAGGUUCUUCAUUCAAAUAUGGAAUAGGUUAUAAUCUUUGUGAAUAUCCUGCUGAUGGAACAAUAUAUGAUUACAUGGCUGGUGUUAAAAAGAUUCCAUUUUCCUUGAAUGUGGAGAUGUGGGGCGAGGGAGAUAUAGAUAAUAAACAGUGUUUUGAUCUCUUCAACCCUCCAAAUGAAAAAUUAGCUGCUUCAUUAGAAGAUAGCAUGCCUCUCUAUGAUGCACUCUUUACACACGUGGUACGUUGGAAACAAAAACAAGUUCAUGAACAGUACCACCAUUUAGGGCAGACCGAUCUGUACAUUCCAAAGAGCUAUGUCAUUCCCUUCUUACUGUGCCUGUGUGUCUUCCUGGUUAUAUUCUUUCGUCAAGUACCUUGUGCCUUUAACCACCGAUUCUAUUCCCGAAAGAGGGUCGUCAGCUUGCGUUCUCUCAGCUCCACGUUCACCGUCAGUGGUAUCAAGAUCACAUGACACAAACAUACAUUUUAGUACGUUGUAUGUUUUGUUAUCUAUUGUGUAUUUCUGUGAAUAUGCAAUUUAAGUGAAUUAUCUUGCGGUUUGUGAGAUGUUGGCAACUGCCCUCUACUGUUUUGUCUUAAUAAUUUUUUUAUUUAUUUCAAUAUCAGUAUGAUUUUUAUAUCGCUUGUGACCAAAUGUGCAAUUCUCCAACUUAUAAAUUGUUCAAUCUAUUCUUAAUGGUGUGAAUAUACUUAAUUAUGAUAUGGUAUAUUCAUGAAUGCCUCUAUGAUGGCAUGAGUAUAUUUUAUUCGUUCUGAUGUCCAUGCAAUUUUCUACAUUAGGGUAGAGGUAAAGCUGCAAGAAAUUUAAUAAUGCAAACAUGAUAAAGAAAACAAUUACACUCUGAUAUUAUAGACAACUUUCAAAGAAAACAAUUACACUCUGAUAUUAUAGACAACUUUCGGCGACAUUUUAUUCAUUAUAAAGAGUGAUUUCAUGUAUUAAAUGCCAUUUGAUAUUUAUCAUAGCUUCUCAUAUGAUUUUUGUACAAGGUUUAGGUUCAUGCUUACUUACUAGUAUACAUUUACUUGCUGAAUGUAGAAUUAGCAAAUUGUAUAUUGUUGAUUGAAUGCAAUAUGAGACAGUACAAGGAGCUAAUAACUGAGUGAGCAUUUGUUGUUGUGUGCAAACUUUAUUGUAAUAAAAUUGUUCCAAAUGUUCUUACAACUAUUUUGUAAUGCAUAAUGCAUGCACCACUAUUGUUUAUUAUGAGAAGCUUGUGGGUCAACCAUUUUUCCCUUAAGGUCACUGCACACCUUAUGAUUGGUCUGCGACCCGAUCUGGGAAUAAAAUAUAGUAGGAUUUGAUGCUAAUAUUGAGACAUGGGAUAUCUUACUGUGUAAUGUUCAAAAUCAUUGUAUGAAUACCUAUGUUCAAAUCUGUGACUAUGCUAUUCCUUAUUAGAUUAACAGUGAAUUAAAUAUCUAGUCAUAAUGACGUCAUAGCAGUCAUACGAUUGUAUACGAUUUGAAACCGAUGUGGCCUUUACUGAAAAAUAAAGGUUUGAAUCAUCCAAAAUUAUCAUUAAUAUUCUUUCAGUUAAUUUGAGCCUCAAAUGAAAAUAUAUUUUUCAUUCACAUUUUCAGAAAAUGAGCAAAAUGCGAUUUGUUCCAGAAUCAGAUCGUGGACCAGCCGUAAUGUGUAUGGUGGCCUUAAGACAUACAAGAUAGCAUGGGCUAUGAGGAAGAAUUGAAAAGUUAACUAGAUAUUUAAUUAAACGGUGAAUUCUCAGUGUGGGAAAGAAUAAGGAUUAAUUGUUAGGACGAGCAAGGAAGACUAAAUUGCGUACAAAGAUUGACCCAUCUCUCACGAUUAAUGCAUAUGAUUGACAUCAAAAGAAGUACACAACUUGCCUGCUUGUACAUGUAUUGUGAAAGUACCUUCACUCUUAAUAUGAGCAAUAUAACUCUGUGCCUGAUUGAAAAUUUCAUGAAGUGUGAAAAGUGAUGUAUGUGUAGGUUCAGAUGAACUAGGGCUCUUAUGUCAUAAAUCAUGUAAUCCCAAUAACAAUUUCUAAAAUUCAAUGAUAAAUUGACAGUUUGCAACCAAUAAAAUUACACAAUUUCAGUAGCUUUUGAACAGUAGCUUUAUUUAAACUUGCUAUCAAAAUAAAUUUUAUGAAAUAGGUCCCUUGGUAUACAAGUACUUCUCUAAAAAUCAAAAGGAAAAUAGAAUAAACAUUAAAUGUUAUGCUAGGAUGGAAAUAUUUUGUAAAAGUUUUAAUAUCACGUAUGUAUUUGGAAUGAUCUUUGUAAUUGCAAUGUUUUAUGUUUUCAUAAUUGUGAAAUGAAAUGUAGGUUGUUUAAUUAGCACACUUUUAAAUACUCAUAGAUAUGAUUUGUAUCAUAUUUGAAUUAAAAAAGAUAACUCAAUUCAUAUUACCUGCAGUGACAAAAGUUAGAUGUGGUAUAAAUCAUUUGUAAUCAUUUAUCUAAUGACCACAACAUUUUAAAUUCAAUUUCUUGAACAAUCCAUUUUCAGUCAUGUGGAUAUCAAUCUGUACUUAUUCAUUAAGGAUUUUCAAACAAUGAAUGGAGCAGUAGAUCAUUAUUUUGUUAUUAUUCAAUGGCACCAAGAUCAUAAAUAAUGGUAUUUGUUUAUAAACCUGGCUAGUUGAAAUUUUUACAAUGAUAGCCCCACCCCCAAGAGAAAAGAAAUAAAGUUGCACAGCGGGCAGAAAGGGGAGAGACGUUCAUGGAAAGGACAUGUCAUAGAGUUGCUGAUGUGCAUAUGCAGUGUAUCGAUAACAAAUUUUUCAAGCUUUUGUUUUUUUAAGGGCAUUCUAAAAAUAUUCUAACUGUAUGUACAACUAUUUUUCAGGGACAUACAUGUAAAAGGAAAAUGAAAUGUGACAAAAGUAUUUUUGAUAUUCCUUCAUAUUCUGUUAAGAGUAAUUCUAAUGAAUGUGGCAUUAUAUGGUCUUUUUUUUUAAUAUAGUCUACUUUAGAUAGUUGGCCCCAUAUAUUUUUUUAAUCAUAGAUGCUCCUGUAAUGUUGAUAUGUUGGCUGGUCCUUUUGUAUUACAAAAUUCAUAUCAAUACCAGUAUCUUGAUUGAUGAUAUCACUGUAUAUUGAGUGCACCUUUUAUCAAUUUUCAAGGUAUAUGCCACGAUGAUAGUAUGUUGUAUAUCUUUUAAAGUUGAUGUCUAAAUGCCAUUUCAUCAUUCAAAACAUUGUAAAUUACAUAUAACAUAGCCAUGUAGAAGUAUCGAUUGCAUUUCUAUUGAUUUCAUUGAUACGGGAUCAAGGGCAAAACACUUGGGUGUUAAAUUCAGCAAAUAUGAUUGACAUUGAAACACAUUUGGCUUGCCAGUCAUUCAUAGGAUGUGUAUAUUGCAACUAAGAGAUUUGUGAAAGACACCCCCAUAUAGCACAAGCAAGGCAUAUUAUAUUUGUACUUGGCGUGCUUCAUAACUCUGAUUGUCAAGUUAUUCAUGACUUUAUGAAUGACUGGAGUGUGGGAUGUCAAAAUGUAAACUGAGUGUUAUUUCAGAGGUCCACUUGAUAACAUGAUUCGACAGCUAAUCAAAGUCAAUGUUUCGCUUAUGGUUACCAUAGUGACAAAGACAAAGUAAGCACAACUGUAAGUCUCUGUGAAACUGGCCCCACGAGGUAUUAGGAUUGAAUGUGAACUUUUGUGGAAAUGAUGCAGAAUUGUUCAAUAACAGUAAUAAUUUUAAUUGUAAUAAAACAAAACACAUUCUCUAAAGCCAAAA